CCAAAAAUAGAAUCCAGAAAACUACCACGCCAUCGUCCUCCCUCUUCCAUAUAUCUGCGCUUAUCGAAUCAUCUCUUUUUUUAUUGUGCAAUCUCCGAUGGAAAGAAACGAAGAAAAAUUCUCCCAAAAAUCUAUAGGAGGAGGGAGAUCGCAGAUGGUCCCUCAAUUGGGUUCGUUUAGGUACAACUCCGAGCAGCGGAGCAAGGAGGGGCUGCUCUCCUCGUUUCUCAAGGAGGGGGAGUGGGGGGUCGGCCUCGACUUCGAUGAGGAGGAGGAGAAGAGAGGGUGCCUCCGGCGCCUGGGCGCCGGGAUCGCCGGGAUGUGGGGCAAGGCGCGGGAGCUGGUGGAGAAGGGGUGGAAGUUCGGGCGCUCGGAUCCGAGGAAGGUCGUUUUCGGCGCAAAGAUGGGGCUUGCGCUCACUCUGACCUCCUUCAUCAUCUUCCUCAAGGAGCCCUCCAUGGACCUUACCAAGCACUCCGUCUGGGCCAUCCUCACCGUCGUCGUCAUCUUCGAAUUCAGCAUAGGUUCGACACUUAGCAAAGGGUUUAAUCGGGCUAUAGGAACACUAACUGCUGGAGGGCUUGCUCUAGGGGUUGCAGAGUUAUCCAAAUUGACGGGACAGUUUGAGGAACUAGUCAUUAUUAUCUGCAUCUUUGCAGCUGGGUUUUUUUCAAGCUUUAUAAAAUUCUACCCAACUAUGAAGCCUUAUGAAUAUGGCUUCCGGUGUUUCUUGCUCACAUUUUGUGUCGUUGUAACGUCGGGAUAUCGGACGGGGGAAUUUAUUGCAACGGCUGUGAGUCGACUUGUACUUAUUGUGCUUGGUGCUGCUGUUAGUUUGGGAAUUAAUAUUUGCAUCUACCCAAUCUGGGCAGGAGAGGAUCUGCAUAACUUGGUAGCAAAGAAUUUCAUGAGCAUAGCAAAGUCUUUGGAAGGCUGUGUCAAUGGGUACAUUCAGUGCAUUGAAUAUGAGAGGGUUCCUUCAAAAAUUCUUACAUAUCAGGCUUCUGAUGAUCCUUUAUACAGUGGGUAUAGGUCAGCCGUUGAAUCAACAAGCCAAGAGGAUACUCUUUUAGGCUUUGCUAUGUGGGAGCCACCCCAUGGUCCUUAUAAGAUGUGGGGAUAUCCCUGGAAGAACUAUGUUAAAGUUGGUGGUGCACUAAGGCACUGUGCCUUCAUGGUUAUGGCAUUGCAUGGCUGCAUACUUUCAGAAAUUCAGGCCCCACCUGACAGCAGGCAAGUUUUUAGCAAUGAGCUAAAGAGGGUAGGCAUGGAAGGUGCUAAAGUGUUACGUGAGCUAGGAAACAGAGUCAAGAAAAUGACAAAUUUGAACCCUGGGAACAUCCUCCUUGAAGUCCAUGAAGCUGCUGAAGAGCUGCAAAAGAAGAUAGACCGGAAAUCGUACCUUCUGGUGAAUUCAGAAAGCUGGGAAUUUGCAAGGCGGCCUGAAGGAAUUAAAGAUGCCUUAGAUUGUGUCAACACGGGGGAAGGUGAAAACAAAAACCUCGAAACCAAAUCUUACAGCGAGACGGUGCUUAAUCUUCAAUCAAUCCAACUGUCGAGAAGUUGGGAUGCUCAUAACUCAAUGAACAAUGCAGUUGACUCCCCACCAGCAAAAGAGUUCAAACAACAGGUAUCAUGGCCUGCAAGGCGGUCAUUUAUUUCAGAUGCAAUACCUAAUGAAGAAGAGUUAAAAACCUACGACAGUGCCAGUGCAUUGUCAUUGGCUACAUUUGCUUCACAUCUGAUUGAAUUUGUCGCGAGACUUCAGAAUCUUGUGGAUGCAUUUGUAGAGCUGAGCGUGAAAGCUAACUUUAAGGAAGCAAUAGAUGAACCUGCAGCAGAGACAACCGGUUCCUGGACCAGUAUAUGCAAGUUUGUUGGAUUAAAGAAUUGAGAAUCAGAUAAGAGGGUGAUUGCUCUUAGUACAUUAAGGACAUCUGGUUUAAAUACAAUGUAUUAAUAAAAAUCGAAUGGUUUAACCAAAAAUGCAUCUCCUCUGGUUUGAUUUUUGAAUGUUACUGAUGUAAUUAUUGGUUGUCUCUGUAGACUCCAUCCCAAAGAUGAGCCAGACUUAUAUUCAAUCCAUAUUAUGAAUGGCCGCACCAAUGCAGUGUCACAAACUAUGUAAUUGCACCAACUUAAAUCAUAAGUUAGCUUUUGUACUC